AUGUCCGCCGCCGACCCGUCGUCAUUCGCGUCCGCCGCCAAGUGCGUGAGUCGCCACCUCAAUUUGAGCCUUCGGGUGGACUUUGACGCCCGCGUCAUCCGGGGUAAAGUGGCGCUGACGCUGGAGGUUCUGGAGGAUCGCUUCUCCUGCCUGACUUUGGACACGCGCGACCUGAAGAUCAUCUCGGUCAGCGCGAACGGGCAGGAGGCCCGCUUCGACACGGGCGCCAAGCACGCCUUCAAGGGGACCCCGCUGGAGAUCACGCUGCCCUUUGAGCUUUCCAGAGGGCAGAACGUGAUCGUGGAGGUGUCCUACGAGACGUCGCCCGGCGCACCCGCGCUGCAGUGGCUCACGCCCCAACAAACGGCGGGAAAGAAGCAUCCCUACCUCUUCAGUCAGUGCCAGGCCCAUCACUGCAGGAGCAUGCUGCCUUGUCAGGACACCCCGGCCGUCAAACACACCUACUACGCUCAGGUGUCGGUGCCCAAAGACUUGGUGGCGGCCAUGAGCGCCGUGAGAGACGGUCGGGAGGCGGACCCCCGAGACGCCGCCCGUGCGGUCUACCGCUUCAGACAAAACGUGGCCGUGCCCUCCUACCUGAUCGCCUUGGUGGUGGGCGCCCUGGAGAGCAGGCAGAUCGGGCCCAGGUCCAGCGUGUGGUCCGAGGCGGAGUACGUGGACCGAGCCGCGUUCGAGUUCUCCGAGACGGAGGCCAUGUUGAAGACGGCCGAGGACUUGGCCGGACCUUACGUUUGGGGCCGUUACGACAUUUUGGUCCUGCCUCCGUCUUUUCCGUACGGCGGCAUGGAAAAUCCUUGCCUCACCUUCGCCACGCCUACCCUGCUGGCCGGGGACAAGUCUCUGUCCAACGUGAUCGCUCACGAGAUCGCGCACAGCUGGACGGGCAACCUGGUGACCAACGAGACCUGGGAGCACUUUUGGCUGAACGAGGGACACACGGUGUACCUGGAGAGGAUGAUCGGCAGGCGUCUGGAAGGGGAGCCCUUCCGCCAAUUCAAGGCCUCGGGGGGCUGGAAGGACCUCCGGGACUCGGUCAGCACCUUCGGGGCGGAGAACCCCCUGACUAACUUGGUCCCCGAUUUGCGGGAAGUGGACCCCGACGACGCCUUCUCGUCCGUCCCGUACGAGAAAGGCUUCGCUCUACUGUACCACCUGGAGGAACUCCUGGGGGGUCCCGAAGUCUUCAUGGGCUUCGUCAAGUCCUACAUCCAGACGUUUGCCUACGGGAGCGUCACCACGGGGCAGUGGAAAGACUUUCUCUUCACAUACUUCAAAGAUAAGGCGGACGUCCUGAACAAGGUGGACUGGAACGCUUGGAUGUUCACGCCCGGGAUGCCGCCGGUGAAGCCGCGCUACGACACCGCGCUGGCGGACGCCUGCGUCGCUCUUUGUCGGAGGUGGACGGAGGCAAAAGAGCGAGACUUGAGCGGCUUCGGCGCGGCGGACGUCGAGCGGUUGUCGUCCCACCAGCUCGUCGAGUUCCUUUCUCUUCUGUUGCAGGAGGAGCCUCUUCCUUUGAGCCACGUGAAGAAGAUGCAGGAGGUCUACGAUCUGGACGCUCGCACCAACUCGGAGGUCCGCUUCAGGUGGCUGCGACUGUGCGUGCGCUCCCGCUGGGAGGAGGCGGUCCCCGCCGCGCUCCGGAUGGCCACCGAGCAGGGCCGGAUGAAAUUUACGCGACCCCUCUUCAGGGAAGUCUUUCACUUUGAAAAAUACCGAGAGGAAGCGGUGCGGGUGUUCCUGGAUAGCCGGGCCGCCAUGCAUCCGGUAACUUCCGGACUGGUCGCCAAAGACCUGAAGGUGACGGCGCAGCCGUAG